UAUAGGUAUAACUCUAAUGGCGAAUUAUUUUUAAAAUUCGAUAGUGGUCCUACUGAAUCUCGUAUUUUAAUAUUUACAACUCAACAAAAUUUAGAUUUUAUGAGCGAAUGUGAUAAUUGGUUUUGCGACGGAACAUUUUCAGUGGCACCCCCUAUUUUUUCUCAGUUAUAUACUAUACACGGGGUGUAUUAUUCCAACGUUAUUCCUAGUGUUUACAUAUUACUGCCAGAUAAAAAAGAAAAAACUUACCGUCACAUGUUUGAAAUUUUAAAAUCACUGAAACCAAAUUUAAAUCCAAAAAGUAUUAUGAUAGAUUAUGAAAGAGCAGCUUUAAAUGCUAUCGAAAUGGAGUUUUGUGAUACAGAGAUAAAAGGUUGUUUUUUUCAUAUGUCGCAAUGCAUUUGGCGUCAUGUACAAGAAUUGGGCCUACAGACAACUUAUCGAAAUGAUCCAGAGUUAUCAUUAAGAAUUCGAAUGCUACCCGCAUUAGCAUUUAUUCCAGAAGCAGAUGUAAUUAAAUGUUAUGAUGCACUACUAGCUACAAGUUACUACACAGAUAAUGAGGAUCUACUGGCGCCGCUGUUGGAUUAUUUCGAGAAUACAUGGGUAGGAAAAUUAGAUAGGAGAGGAAAAAGAAAACCACCAAAAUAUGCAAUCACAUUAUGGAAUUGUUUUUCGAGAGUAAUCCAAGAUUUAGCUACAACAAAUAAUGCUAUAGAAGGGUGGCACAAUUGUUUCACAUCACUUAUAAAUGGUAAGAAUCCUUCAAUUUGGCGGUUUAUAGAUGCAUUAAAAAAAGAAGAGAGCAUAAACAGAUUCAAAAUCGAGCAGUACGUAGGUGGCAAUGAGCCUCCAAAAAAAAAAAUUUACCGAGAUAGAGCGGCUAAAAUCAAAAAAAUAUAUUUAACAAAUGAUGUGUUGAACCAAAGAACAGACGUUCGAUUGAACGAACGUCAUACUAGAUACUAA